ACUAAAAAGAUGUUGCAUUUAAAUUGUGUCGGUUCCUACUUUCUGCUGGCAGUGCUGCCCCUUUUGAUGCCCCCUCUCAAAAGUGGGUGAACGAGUCUAUCAUAUAACGUUAACUUAAUACAUUGUUGUACCUUUUGACAUUUACUAUAGUAGCUGUGUACCGACUCUCAAUGUCUAUAUAAAAUGACGACACGCAAUAUACAUCCGUACACAAACGAUCCGGGCUAUCUCUGCAUAUCACUGCAUAUAUGAUUCGUAACUAUAAGAAGACAUUUUAUCUCCAAUGGGAGACGUCCUUGAUCCAAUCAAGUCCAUUGUCCGCCGGCCCCCCUGGAAAAGUGGGCGUGUCCAGGAGUUCGCAGAAAGUUCAGGCACACAAACAAGAUGGCGGACGUGACUUGGUACAUGUCUGAGUCUGCCGAGGCUGUUGCGGAGGAGCUUUCCCGUCUCCUGUCCUCCCUAGAGGGCCGUGACGACGACGAGGAUGUCGCCGAGCAGUAUCUCGAGAAGUUCAGGGAGAUUGUUGAUGCCCACCUCCCAGAGGGACCAGUGACAGGUAUGGAGGAGGGGAUCGCUGUAAUACAGGCUGCAGUAGAGAAGUUUGUACAAGCCAGACAGAAUUUCAAUGAAGGACAAGCAUGUAUGCAGUGGCUAGCAUCCUCACUUGCAACGUUGUCUGCUCAGUAUGUAGUAGAUUUGAACUACCAGCAUCUGCCAGUGGAGGCCAAGGUGAAGUUUGUAGCCACUAUUUCUAUGGCCAACGAGCUGUUACAGCCAUUCGGCCACGAAGACUUCUUGGAGGUUCUACUGGCAGCACGGCAGCCUUGGCACCCUGUAUUUCUGAAGAUUAUGAAAGGAAAAGCAACUGACAUGAGUGAAGUGGACGUGUACCUUAGCCGUGAGCCCAGCCUGUUGAUGGAGUACCGGGUCAGGUCUCUACACGCCCACGGCGCGGUGGACGAUGCCUCCAUGCUGGCCCAGUCCUGCAUGAACCACCCCAGCCACAGGGACACCCUGUUCUUCAGGGAGAUGUUCCUGCUGUGUCAGUGGCAGGCAGGCAAGGUGGACAACAUCAAACGACAGGUUCAGUUCAUUGAGUGUGUGAAGCUGUACUUCAUUGUACAACACUACGUGGCGGAGGGGAUGUUGGAACUAGCUGCAACGAUCUCCUCUAGCUACUUGAUAUAUCAGUGGAAGAAAGGGGAAUACUGCUGCAAUAAGGAGCUGGUCAGACAAUGGUGCCAGAUACAACAUGCAGUAGAAAGCCCAGCCAACACCAUACUGGAUUCAGCCAGGACUCUUGCCUUUAAGAACGAUCCCAAAGUUCUCCACCUCCUAUAUUUUGCCGAAGCCCUGCACAAAGAGGUGGGGAAGGACUCCAUGCCACUUGUUGCUGACUUGCUGCUGAGGGCCGUCGACAUGGACAAGCCAGUCACGGACCCGUUCUUCCACCCCAACGCUCCCGAUGACAAGACAGCGUACCACCACAGCGCCCCCACCAUCCUCAACUACAUGGCAGGGCUGCUGGAGGGUGACUAUGAAAUAAGGUUUGCCAGUGAGCUGACAUCCUUCUCCAUCAGUCCUGACCUGGACCAGUACUACUUGGUGGAAGCUGUUGCCAACCUACCUGAGGAGGUGCAGGGCACAGGGGUGAACCUGAGCAGGCACAAGAGGAGAGACAUCCUGAAGACCCUGCGCAAGCUGCGACCUCGCUCCUGUGGCCUCCACCCUGAGAUGUCCUGGCAGCAGCUCAAGCCACACAUGCUGAAACUACUGACUUCACAGGAGAGGAACAAACUCCUACAGGAACAUAUUGAGGCAGCAUGUGACAUAUCAGCCUUUGAUGAGGAAGUGGGAAAAUCUCCAUGUAAAGCCACAGUCUCCAAGCCCAGGCUGACAGAGAAGGAGCCAGUUUGUAACAUGUCGGAGUCUGAUGAUAAAGACAUGGUAGUUUUCAUCAGUGAUAGUGAUGAGGGGUCAUGUGGGCCCAUCAGUCCUAUCUACAGUGGGGCCAGGUAUGGACUGGAUUUUAUCACCCCUCCCAGGCCACCCAGAGCCAGUAGCAUUGUAGACAAUGUUGCCAAAGACAGUCCCUUUGUGGGAAAUGAGGAGGUGAUUAUCUGUGAGAACAGUGACACAAGUCCUGAAAAUAGAGACAAGCGGAAACAAAAAGUGUGCAUGGAAGAGGAGUCGAGUGUUUCACAGGAUGGCUGGUUGGAGUCAGUUGAAAAUGACACCGACAGGAGCACGCCUGGUGGCACAGGGGUUGUGAGCGUGGAUAAAAUGGUGGACACAGAUGACCUGAUGGGAAGGAUAAUCAAAGACCAGGAGGAAGCAGUCGCAGCCAGUAAGAACUCCAGUGUACUGAGCAAUGGUUUUGACGAGGGCAGGCAUCAGAAGGGCUCCAGUCAGGCAAACUACCGUAAACAGAAUCCUGCGGGGCAGGGUGUGAGAAAGUCACACAACAGCUGCAGGCACGUCACCCUACGCGACCUUCUGUGGAGAACAAAUCCAGAAGAUUUCGAUUUCACGACUAAAACCAACGAGGAAGCUGCCAGUGCAAUAUCUGUGUCACCAACAGAAGGAGGUUGUGGUGAAUGGCAGCAGCCGGUGGACAAAGAAGAUCAGUCUAUCAACCUGGCGUGUACAGGGACGCUAGACAUCAAUGGUUCUGUAGAGAACACUCCUAGCGAUGUUGUUAGGGUUGGCAGAAUGGAGGAGCUGCAACCAAAGUACGGCGGAACUCUUAGGGAGUGGGAAGGACUUGUUCCCCCAGAUCCUUUGAAUAACUACACCCAUUCCACCGAUCAAAGUGAUGAGAUUAUGUCUCGUCGGUCACCAGAAAAGGGAGACAUGUUUGACUUUAAUUUGUCUGGAGACUUGAUGGCUGAAAACGGCAGUGCUGACUCACUGAAAAUCAAGGUGGCUGACUUAGUGGACAGCAUGGACCAAGGAGGAUCAUGUGGUCCUGUUUUCUUGGUAGAUCUAGGGACCAGUAGUACCCCUGACAACACUGUAGCUGCUGCUGAACUGAGAAUGGUAGCACAACACGGCCAUCAGAAAUCAACACAUGAUAGUGUAGAGGCAGGAGGUGCCCCCAAUGGGAGCAACCGAUUGCAAAAUACAUCCCUUUCUAGGAAAAACAUUUUUGAAGCUAUUGCUGGUACAGCCAACGAUACAACCAGGAGGCAAGACGGGGGCCCUUUCCUUUUGCCUUCAUCCAAAGGUGAGACAGAAGUCCCCAAGGCAAAGAGGAGACCUUCAAAGCUGUCUCUGCAGCAAGUUCAACGAGAACUGGAUGCUUUUGACAGGUCUAGUUUACUAAGACUGCAGGAUCACCCUGACUUCAUGCAGACUGUUGCACCAGCACAUAGUUUUCACCCAACACUAAACUCGUGGAACAGCAGUGCUAGUAGCCUCAGUAGCAGGGGAGACACGGCCAGUAGUCAUGAAGGGUAUGAUGGGAGCAGUGAGUGCAGUACCGAGACUGGAGAGACAACAGGAGCUGGACUGUUUCCCAUCCAAGGUGCAAGCAAGCAGCAAAGGAUGCAAAGAAAUGCCUGGACAGCUUUUGGCUUCGAACAGAAUGAUAUCACUCAAGGAGCGGGUGGAAGGGAGGGACUAAUCUCCAAUGCAAAGAAGAAAGCUGGUCUAGAGCCAGCUGAGCUGAACAACAGGUCUUUGGGCAUGGGGGAUAAGAAGAGUGCUCCAACUGCAAAGCCAUUACAGUUCAACAAGCUGAGACAGAUGUUGAUGUCAGAUAGUAAAGAAACUGUACCUGAGUUUGGCCAGGAGAAGUACACUGACCAAAGUGGCACCAUGAGGCUGUCUGAGGAACAUACAGAUAAGACAGGACACUCAGACAUGUCACCCCUCAAGCAUCAAAGUGAGAGGACUAUUGGAGUCAAUACUGAUGAUGCCCGUAACACCGAUUUGGGGUACAUGAUGAGGAAAGAUGAACCAUUUUCCUUGAGUCUGCCAGAUUCAGACAGUAGGAUUAACCAAGUGACAGAAGUUAAAGGCAUACCAGAAAACAUCACAAGUGAAGAGCUGCUGCGCAUUCCACAGCCUAUGCUGACAACAAAGAGAAGAGGUAAAGGAAUGAUAGGAAUAAGGCCAGUGUCUAUCAAAAGGCAUGAGAACUACGCCUGCAAUUGCUGCGAGUUUCAUACGCGAUAUUUGAGCAACAUCAAAAGACACAUGGUCAGACAUGGUGAUGAUAGCAAUCGCUAUACGAGGGACAUUUCCUAUGUGUGCCAGUUUUGCCAAUUUUCAAGAAGCACCAGAAAGGAGUUGAUAGCUCAUAUGACAAGCACUCAUCAGCACAGCUUUCAAGACAGCUGGACACUGGAUCCUUGGACAACAGACAUGGCCUCUAGACAUGCAGAAGCUGCAGAGUUGGCCAUGACAGAAGACAGUUUUGUUGCACAAGAAGAGAUCAGCUUUGACCACCACUCUUUGGCAAAUAGUAGGGAUGCCUUUGUGGCUAUGUCUGACAUAAGUGUUGCAGAGGUUAAUGACUCCAAAUCCAAGGUGGGCACGAAGAAGAGAAAAGGAAAGUGUCCAAAGAACUUGGCAGAAAUACGAAAGAAAACCUGUGCAGAGCUGGCAGCAAAGGGCAUUCCACACCUGCAAGACACAACAAAUACGUUCAAAGAUAGUGGGAUCCAAAAGAGGCAGGAAUUAGAAACUAUGACAGUAGAGAAUUAUCAAGAGAGCGACAACUCUGCUUUGAUGAUGCCAGUACCAUCCAGAAAUGAUGUUAUAACUUGUACUGGUAACAUACUUACUCUGAGGCCAACACAGCAGCUGCCCCAAACAGCCUUCUGCAACUUCAGUUCGUCAAAGGAAGAAGACUUCACAACAUUGCUUCUGCAACCAUCAAGAGAUGCUAUGCUUGCUCUGCCAAGAGAGUUGCCAGAAGUACCUGAUCUAAAGCAAAAUGGUGGUGCCAGCACCAACAAAAUUCCAAUGUUCAGUCAUCAUGGCUUCAGUCCACCAGAGAUAAGGAUGUCACCCAUCGUGAGUCCACCUGUGAUGUCCGUGUUAAGUCCACCAACCACGUUUUCACCCACAGCAAAUACCAGUCCACCAAAGGGGUCAUCGCACGUGAGUCCAUCCAGGAGCAAAGAUGAAAACCAGAAUUUUGCACCCUCAACACUAAAACCUGCAUCCAAGAAAGAGGGCAAGAAGGACUACAAAGCAACGUUCUUGUAUAGUCUCCUCACAGAGAAGGAUGAAACAGAGAGUGUUUCAAAGAGUCCUGGAACUGAUCCAUUAAAGGAGAGUAGAAGCCACGAGUCUCUGGUUCCUCCGCUGUUGUUCCCACAGGACACGGAGGUCCCUGCAGCUGUGAUGCAGAGCAUGUCCCCUCCCUCCCUGCUGCCUCAGACUGCUUUUGCUGCUAACAUUCCCAACAGCUACAACUUUGCUACCACUUUUAGUCCUUACCAGAUUGGACUGCAGCCACCUGUUGGAUGCUACAAUGUCAGUAGUCUUCCCUUGGUGGGCACCCCCCAGUUGUAUGACAGAAAUGAGGGACAUUUUGUGCCUGUGGAGAAGAAGACACGCAGCAGGAAAGAGAAGAACAGUAACUCCAGGAAGCAGGGUGCUCCCAUUGUAAGUGCUGCUAUCCCACCAACGUUCCUAAACAUUCCCCGGCAUGCAAAGUACAGCUCCGUCAGCCAUGUGCCUCACAGCAGCCCUCUGCCCAGCAGCCACACCGGUAUCUCAACAUUUAGGCCUUCUCCGUCCCAAGGGAAAGCGGGCAAUCGGAGGUGGACACACGACCAACAUUCCCCAUAUAGGAGUGGGCUGCCAGAUGUACAACCAUACGGAGAACCUGGUGAAUUAUGGUGGCAGAGUCAGGCUUAUUGGUGGAACUCUCCACAGCCUGGCACAAACCCUGCUCACACCAGAAGCAAGCCUCCCAAAACCUCACGCUCGCCAGCCAGGCCAAAGAGUCAUACGGUGACCACAAAUGAGAUGCAGCCGCUAGACCUGAGGACGACUUCAAGCACCAGAAGUAGCCCUUCGGCUAACCAUGUGUGGGCUAGCCAUUAUGUCGGAACUGACAAUGAUACAGUUGGGCUACCUAUUGGGCAGUCCCAAAGACAACCUGUACAAAGUAAUGGGACAGCCUCAUCCCCCAUGAGCAUUGAUCAGGUACUGUUCUCACAUCAGGAACAAUCAGAAGGAUGCCCUCCUCCAACAGAAAAUGUACAGAUACAGGAAAGUGAAGAUGAAGGCCAAAGUCCUGCCAGAAAGCCUUUGUCUGUCCCAUACAUUCCGGUCCAUGAACACCACACUGUCACCAAUAAUAUAAAAGAGAAGGAUGAUAGGAGGUCAACUGUGACAACAUUCAGUACCUGUUAUCAAAGUGGAGAACUAACUAGUAUGGCAGAAUACUCAGAGAAAGCAAAGGAAAACUCUGUCAGUGUUGAGAAGAUUGAGACUACUGGAGUGACCUGUGGAAAUGCUGCUGUGGAGGUUAGGCAGGGAGACUCAGUUGAUGGGCAAGAAAGCCACAACCUGACACUUCAGAUGGCAGCAACUUGGAAUGAGGCCAACGGCAUUGUUAGUGCAACCUGUAAUGAUGCAGGCAACAUAAAAGUGGCUGGGGAUUCAGGUGCACCAGAAACUACAACAGAACAUGUUGGUGGUAGUUCAAUAACACUCAAUGACACCAAGGAAGCAAAUGUUGGUGGACUCAGUGCAAGAAAGGCACCAGAGGACACUGAUCCAGCUUAUAUCCCCUCAGGGCACUCUGAAUCUUCAGGUUCAGUUGCAUCAGACAGAGUGCUGAAAUUGUUUUCCUAUGCAGACAACUUUUCUGAUGAUGACGUCCUAGUACCUGAUAGCCAACUGACAAGCUGGUUGAACACGAAGGAAGGAUAUGAUGCUGACAAGACAGCCAAUGAGGUAGAACCUACUCAAAGUCCAUCAACCAAUGAUAAGCCUUCAGUUCAUGAUGUAAUCCCAUCGAGUGAGGUACAACUAACUGAAAGCUACAUUAGCAGUGAAGAAAGUUCUUCAGCAGAAAGCAGAAAAACAACAACUGAUACAGUAGCAGUUCAUGGGCCUUUGACGUAUGACCAAGACUUGUAUGUUGAUGCUGCUGUAGUAGAAAUGGAUGAUACUUUCAAGUCUGAUAGCUCAUCUGAUGUUCAACCACUAUACACUCGCAAGUUUGAGUCAGAUCACACCUCCAUUAAUGAAGCAAUACAGGCAUGCAAGGCUGAACCUGAAUGGACUUCCAACGUUGAGACUUGCAAGAUUGAACCCAAACAUACUUGCAAUGGGGAACUACAACACUCUUGUAAGACUGAACCAGAACACACAUGGAACGUUGAACCAGCACACUCUUGCAAGGCUGAAUUAAAACAUACGUGUGGUGCCUUGGAUAUGCAGGAAGCCACACAGAACAUUGCCCGACCAGUUAGUGAUACCUCAACAGAUGGCAAGGAUGCAGGAGUCAUUGGUAACAGUCAGGCAGUCUUGAAUGGUAAACAAAGCACUUCUACCAAGGGAGAGAAUUUGUGCUCUGCCCCAUUGCCCCAGGGGAAAACUCCAACAGCUAGGAAGCCAACAAGUCCAGAACCAGACCCUACAACUGAAGAUGAUGAGCCGAGCAUUCAUUAUACUGGCCAUGAACAGACUGAGACUAACAGUACUGGAUACAGGGGUCCUAUGACCAGAAAGAGAAUGUCAUCUGAUGCAAUACCGUCCAGCAAUAACUCAUCAGAGCAGAGAAAAAAGCUUAAGACAUCACAAGAUGAGACAGAAAUAUCUGUUGAAGCAGAAGGAGACAAUAGCAAAAGUAAGAUUCCCCCCAUGGUAUCUACUACUUCAACUGUAAUAAAGGAAGAACCUGUGUUACCUUCACUAGAGUCACUUGAAAGGAACAAACCCUUGAAAGGCCAGUUGAUGUCUACCCAAGAGAAGUCAGGGAGGAAGGGAAAAGCACGUAAAAUACUGCGUAAGAGUGUGUCUGCUGGUAGGAAGAAAGGAGCAAGUCCAACAGUGUCAAACAAGACAGUAGAGGCAGCGGCCAUCAGUGGUGACGCUCUCACAAGUGAGGUUUCAGGGGAGGGUCUGACAUCACAGCAAAGGGAAAAGUCAGUGACAAGUGAAGAAUCUGUAGGACUUGGUUUGUGUACAAAUGUCAAGGGAUCAAAAGAUACUAAAAGUGCAGAGUUAUUGGAGAGUGAUGCUUCACAUGAUUCAUGUGUGACCCCUCAGAACACAUCUGGAAGGAAAGAGAAAACAUCAAAAAGAUCUCCAAAGCGUAGAUCUGUAGGCAAAAUGAAAGUAGAAGAGAGUCCAUUCUCCUCUUCAAAGGAAGAGCUAGGCACUACCGAUGAGCUUGUAAGAGCUUCCAAGGAAGAUGCAUCAUCACACACACAGGAGCUUGAAGACUUAACACCUACAGAAUCCAAUGUAUCUGCGGAACCUUCUGAAAGCAAGGGUGAUCUGCAGAGUCUAGUAAUAUGUUCACAGAACAAUUUAGUACCAAAAGAAAAUGCAAAACAAGGUCAAAAGAGAGGCAGAUACACUGGUAGGAAGAGCAGAGCAGAGUCUGGUCCAAAGGAGACAACUGCUCUUACUGACAAAGAGUCAGGAAGCAAUGUUUCUGAAGACGAUUCAAGUACACGUAAGGCAUCUGUGGACAGGACAGAAGAAGAAAAGGUUUCCUCAUCACUAGGAAAUUCCAUGAAGAAAUCUACCAGUCUGAAAAGCAAGACAAAACCAUGGUCACCUUGCACAGACAAACCAGCAACUUCAGAAGCAUCAAAGAGCAAAGGAUCUUUGCAGAAGUCACCAGCCAUCAAAGAAGGUAAAAAAGUAAAGACAUCUAAAAGUCAACAAAAGGGCAGGCGUGUUGCGGAGAAGAAAUUAGAACAUCCCGCAUCUUCUUCAGAGGAAAAGCCAAAUCUUGGCACCACAGAUGAGUUUGCAAGUCAGACGUCUGAGGAUGAUACUCUGGCACCAAAAGGCAGACCUUUGGGAGGAGGAGAGCCCUACAAGCUCAAGAAGAAGGCUCCUUCUGUUCAAGGGAAAACUAUAAGGAGGAGAGUUGCUAGACAAAGAAUGAUGCAAAACUCUUGGUCAUCUGCAGAGGAAGAUACCGGUUCAGAGAUAAUGAGAAAUGAUCAGCCAUCUUCAACAGCCCAGGAACAGUUUGAAAUGACAAAGCAGACUGUUAAAAGACAACAAAAGAUGAGAUCUACUGGUAGGAGGAAAGUAACAGAUUCUAAAGUGUCUUCACCAGAGACGGUUUCAACUGUAAGUCCUGAACAUGACAGCAAGAGUUCUCAGGACACCACAUUCUCACAGCCACUGGAAGUGUCAACCCACUGUGAUGAGACCAGCAACCUCACGGGCAGUAUGGGGGCAGAAACACCAGCUUUGUCUCCAGGUACAGGUACAACAUCAGGUGAAGUAGUCACAUUGGAAGGUGGUAAACCUCAGAAAAAAAGCAAACCUCGUUUAUUGGUCAUAGAGAACAGUGCGAAAGCUACUGGCGCUCCCAGAAGGAGCUACAGGAAGAGGGUACCUUCCUGCAAGAUAAUGGGCAAGACAGUUGUUGUGUACAGCAAAGUUAGGUCACAUACCUCUGAAGAAAGUAGUAGGGAAGAAUCUGAUGAUAGCCACGUAUCAUUCAAUCCUCCAAGUACCAGGUGGACGUACAGCAGAGAAGAUAAGAAAAAGUACCAGGAAAAAUCAGUUCUGACUCAGGAGUCAGAGGUAAAAGGUACAGAGACAAUAGACCACCCAUCCUCUGAGUCAGUAGAGCUGGAGAUGCCAGUGUUGGAGGAACAAAACAUGAAUCCUGUUGGCAAUGACAUUCCUCACACAAAGCCAAGUGAAACACGAGUAGUGGAAAAAGGCACAACCAGGAGGCGGUUGCGAAGCGGUUCACCAACCGGUGUUUCUGUUACAGGAGGAACAGGAGAAACAAAAGCAAACAUCGCUGAUCCCAGUUUGAUGGAACAGGUAGACCCUUCCAGUGUAACCUCACAAAAGCCUAUGGCUACUAGGCAGAGGAGGAAAAGUUCUGUAGAUGACACACUAAAGUCUCUUUCACCUGAGAAAAGCUCAGUUCCAUUUCCAGGAGGGACUAAAAGAAAGACACCAAACAGUAAAAUGAUUGAUCCUGCCUCACCUAAAAAUGGAAAGAAAGUUGCAGGUUCUGCCAUGAACUCAGCAACUGGUCGAGCGUCAGGAAAAAGUGCCAAGUCUAAGCAGCAUUGUGCACCUGUCUCUACAGAUGGUAACAAAAGUAGAAAAAAACAAACCUCUGGGAACAAUAAGUCCUUCAAGAAGCCUACCCCAAGCUCUGCGACAAAAUCAACUGGAGUGAAGACUAAGGUCAAGAAAGGGAAACAAGAAGCUGCACCCCAGAAGAAGAAGUCAACAGGAGUUCCCAAGAGACUACUUGUCACCAAGGCAAAGUUGCCUCCUAAAAGUAGCAAGCCAAAGAAAAAAUGAUACAGCACCACUACCAGGAACGUAGCAAGAUGGAAGAAUACAGAGGCCCUGCAGGUUCAGCAUUACCUGUUUCAUUGUACACGUAAUUUAUGCAUUACUAACUUUCUUGAGCCAAUGCUUUAUCUAUUGCCAGUGAGAAAAGGCUUUCAGCUAUUCUAUGCUAUGCAGCAACGAGAGAUGUCAUUGAUCAGGGUACUUAGCUUAAAGUUUAUCAUAAACUAGGCCAAAGAAAUAUAAACUGUUUAUAUUUCUCUGGCCUAGUUUCAUUGUACUACAUGUAUAGUACAUUCUACGUUCCAGUAGUAUUUAUCACAUGUACGAGCUUUGUCAUUGUAAAAGUACCUCCUCUUUGUAGAGAGGGAACAAGAUCGAGUAAGAGGACUUUUAGAACUAGAGUUGUGCCAUCAAGGUGUCAGCAGAGGGUUUAGAAGUUUUCAUGUAGCAAGUUUGACAGUUAUACUGAACCAUUGUGCCUUGCAGUCCAUGACUAUUCAUGAAGGAUAAGGGAAAUAAGUGGGAGGUUUAGUGAUGAGACAGAAGAUGCUGCUGUUUAUCAUCCCCAGAAAACAUCUGGAUGUACAAAUUCUUGCCCAUAGUGAGAAUGAAAGAUGACAACUUGCCAAGGCUGUUUCAUCCACAUCUCAGGUAAACAUCUUUUUCACUGAUAAUAAGAGAAACUUCCGUCUAAUGUGGAAAUCUAAGUCAAAGGAGCAUUAAGAAAAAUUACAGCCAAGAAAUAUUACAGCCAAGAUACAUGUACCCAGUACAUAAGCAGCAAAAUUGCCAGAAGUUUUGAAAAAAGAUUGUAGUAGGCUCUGAGGCAGUGCUUUACAUACGGGAAAUUUAUUUAUUUUUUACUUUUGUUUUUCCUAUCCAAUAGCGUUGGUAAUGAAACGUUUAACAUGAGUUACAGGAAAUCCUCAAAUACAGGCUUUGUCAAAAAUAAUAGAAAAGGUUGUGAUGUGUGAAAAUGUUCACUCAAGUUCCUCUUGCAGGUCAACCCUUAUGUACAUGUAAAUGUUUUUCUAAUGUCCUUCAUCUUUUUUUCUAUAAACAUGCCUUUACAUAUUUUUUGUCAUUAUGCACCUGGUUCAGGUGUUUUUUUCCUGAAACAGAUAUUUAUUUUGUUUUUCCAUGUUGAUAUUUGUAUAUCUGAAUAUUUGUUGAAUUAUUCUACACUUUGUCAAGAGUAGCAACUGAAAUAAUUCGCAUGAUUGUCUGUGCUGGGUUAAGUGGCCAAAUUAUCUGUAGUAAACUUUAGCAUCAGUUUUCUUUGGAUAUUCUACUGUUACAACAAUAUCUAUCAAUAGUGUUAUAUAUGCUGGUAACUACUACUUUUGUUAGAUGUGGGUGCAUCACUUGUGUGUUAAUUCAUUCCUGCAUAAAUUAAGGGGAAAAAUCAGGAGUUAGAAUUAAGCCAAACAGUUCAUGUCUGUUGGCCCCUUAUCUUACUCAGUUACUGUUAGUUUCUUACUUUUUGACAGUUUGAGUAAUUUCAAGUUAACAUAACUCUUGCUGCUUAUGUAGCCCUGUGUACACUGGACCAAUGUGGUCCAUUGUAGAAAAUGGUUUCAAGCAAAGAACCUGUUUGUAUAUUUAUCAGUUUAUUUGAAAGUUAACUUUCAAUUUGGUUACAUUUUCUGUUAUGUUAAGACAUAAAAGCAUAUGUUAUAUGUUACUUGGUUGCAGUUGCCUCUGCAGUUGUGAGAGCUUUUUUAUAGUAUAUUAAGGCAAGGCAAAAUCAUAUGAGGAUAUAUAUAUUAUGUACUUCAAUCAAGUUUAACAUGUUCAUAGUGUUGUUUUUUUGCAAUAAAGGUUUAUCCUUCACAAUCAAUGGUUUUAAA